AUGGCUGAUUACAACUACUUUAAUUAUAUCGAAACAAAAUUUGGACAAAGAAACAAACUUAUUCUGAAAAAUAUUUGUAACGUCCUGAGGAAACAUUCGAAUGCUCUCACGUCCAAAGAAUUCCUAAUAGCGUGUAGGAAGAAUGUUGUGUUACCAAGCCACAUUCGCAAUAACCUUGAGAAAUUUUCAUCAAAAAUUGCUACUUAUGGUCCCUUCUCACAAAAAUGGGCACGCAAAAUAGAAAAGUUUGGAAGAGAGAUUCUGAAUCUCGAAAUCGAGGAAAGCUUUCAUCGCAUAAGAACAUACAACGAGGAGUUAUCCAAAUCAUAUGAAAUGAUUUAUUCGAGUUUCCCAAGUGAAGUGUUUGUAGAAUUCCUUAACACACAAAUAGAACACAAAACAAAAUCGAUGGAGAAACUUCGAAAUAAACAUUUGAAAAAACUUGAAAAUCUCAUUAUUAGAUGCAGUUCAAGAACCUCUGAGAACCAUGAUUGGGUCUGCAAUCUCACAAACGUUGACAUUCCAAAUAAAGUGAAAACAUUUAUGAGUUAUGGUCCUAAAUUUGCCAUCCCACCUGAGAAGUCUGACAUCCAUUGGCCGAAGAUAAUCAGUGAAGUAGAGUCUAUUACUAACGCAAUAGAAGAAGAUGACAUCAGAGAUGAAUUAAGAAUGGACGCUGUUAACAUUCUUAAAAACUACAAAACAGCACCAAACAGUAAAGAUGAUUACCUCGUCACACAUUUGAAACAAACAUUCAAAGAGACACGAUAUUUCAUGAAGGACAAUAAGGAUGACAUAAUGUUGAUGAACGCAGACAAGGGAGGGAAAACAGUGGUGGUGUCAAAAGAAGAAUACUUGACGCAAAUGAAUAAACUCCUAGAAGACAAAUCCACGUACAAAAAAGUGAAUUACGACCCCACAAAAAGAGUACAAAGAAAGAGCAACAGUUUACUCAAAGGUCUCCGCACUGAUGGCUGCAUCGAUAAAAGAGAAAGAAGAAAUUUAUCUCGAUACAACUCAGUGGCACCCAAGCUCUAUGGUCUUCCAAAGAUUCACAAGUUAUCAACGACCGACAACAGCAAUAGAGAGCUUGUAAAAUUUCGACCUAUUGUGUCCUCAAUGAAGAUUCUCAAGGCGAAUAACUACCCAUCAGGCGUACGCAACAAAUUAUUCGCACAGCAGCAGCAGUUGGUACAAAACACUCAAAUUAAUGUCCAACCAAAACCAACUCACAUUUACAGAUCAUUCACAAACAUUCCAGUAGUGACAGCAAAAUUACAGAAGAUAAUUCGAACCAAAUUUCCAUCGCUCAACAUAAAAAUUGUUCCUAGAAACAUCAAAACUUCAAAAACAUUCUUCACAAAUCCGAAAGAUAAAAUUUGUCCUGAACAAGAGUCGCACAUCAUUUAUGCAAUAAACUGUUCGUGUGAAAAACUCUACAUUGGCCUCACAACACAAUACAAACACACGAGGAAAGCANGGCAUAGAAACAAAGUUUUUACAUCGUAUAACUUCGUAUAA